CUUGUGAUCGCCGCCAUGGACGGGUGGCCCUGUGUCGCGCGCCGCCUCGACCCUUCCGCGCGUGGCGGACUCUCAAUUAACCCGUCUUGCUAAUUACCCUCACGUUUACUCCCGUCGUUCUUGAGAGGGACUCUUGAGUGCACGGAGCCUUCUGGCGUGCAAAACAACUCACAAACUAUUGUUCUUUAUCUACAUAAUUUGAUUGUACACCGGAGAACGAGUGAUAUAGGAAUUCAAAUAGAGGGAAAGUACAUUUUAAUCGCAGUUAUGGAUGGUAACGCACUCUGUGACGAGCCUGAAGUGUCCACUUGGAUGAGUGUCCGCUCUACUGAGGGCCUUGAGUUGUUACUUGAGUAUGUCAACAGGUACUGAGGAUAGCAAAGUUUAGUGCAAUCAGCAAUGGCGGCAGCAGCAGUGACUGGUGGAGGCUGACUUGACCUGAGCCGACCUCUCAAGCGCCUCGCCGUGGUCACCUUGCUCCUGCAGGUGCCCCAGCAGACCCUUCCUCAGGUCACGAACCCACCGUUUGAUGGGCUCUUUUCUCAGGACCAUCUUCCAGAGGACGCUAAUCGACGUAUUCUUGACUAGAAGAAGCAAGCUGAGAAUUGCCGGGAAGUUCGGGAAGUAAAGUUUGGUGCGACGGUGUUGGGUAAAGCUUCACAUCCAACCAAAGUUUCCCCUUCUGUCCGUCCGGUGUCAGAAAGGGAAACGUCGAUCUCUGAAUGCCCUAGCAGCGGUCCAGUGGCGUACCCAGAGGUCGAACAAGACUCCAAAAGGUGAUAUAUAUAUAUUGCGUCAUGAGUGUCGAAUACAUUGUUUACGAUGAAUCAGUUAGCGCAAUAUCCCUCGCAAUGAAAACAUCUGAUACUUUUACGCGCGUCAGUGACGUGUAUAUCAACGAUUCAUUUGAAGAAAACGGGACUUUUAAGGGGGCUCCACGGGAUAUCGCAUCGGAUGGCGAUGAAGGGAGCGCGUCGCCCUGCAUCCAUCCUUCCCUCGUGCCGCCGGCGUGGAGGGCGGUGAUCAGGGACGAGGAGCUGCUGUGUGUGGUCAACCCACACUGGCUCCAGUUCGACCCUCCCUCGCACCUCAGUCACACGGUCCUCGCCUCCGUCUACAGUGUCUUGAUGGCCAUUGGCUUCUUUGGGAACGGUCUUGUCAUCUACCUUUACUUCAGCUGCAGGGCGUUGAGGACUCCCUCGAACAUCUUCAUCGUCAACCUGGCCAUCAGCGACUUCCUGAUGGUGGGGCUGGUCUCCGCCUGUGUCUACAACUCAUUUCAGGAGGGACCCGCCAUAGGCAAGAUAGGGUGCGACGUGUACGGGUUUACUGGGGGCGUCACGGGGACCACCUCCAUCAUGACCCUCGCUGCCAUCUCCUUUGAUCGCUACCUCGUCAUCUCCUUUCCCUUGGACCCCCUUAAGAAACUCUCCAGCAGGCAGGUGCUCAGCAUCAUCCUCCUCACCUGGGUGUACUCGGGGAUCUUCUCAAUCAUGCCUCUAAUGGGCAUCAAAGGCAUUACCUACUCCCCUGAGGGCUUCCUCACCACCUGCAGCUUCGACUAUCUCUCAGAGGUAAUGCGAGCCAGGGUGUACAUUUUCCUGUUCUUCGUGGCCGCCUGGGUGUUUCCCCUCUACAUCAUCACCUUCAGCUACCUGUCCAUCGUCAGCACCGUCGCCCAGCAGGAGCGACAGUACGCCUCCUACCAGGGCUCCUUCGCGAACUCAUUCAGACAUCGGAGUAUUAAGAGGAAGAAGAAUACUGAGGUACAGCUGGCCAAGAUGGCUUGUGUGAUCAUCGGGAUGUGGGUGGCGGCGUGGACGCCGUACUCCGUGGUGGCCCUGCUGGGGAUAUGUAGUCAGCGGCACCUCAUCACUCCCUUGGUCUCCAUGGUGCCGGCGCUCUUCUGCAAGACGGCAGCUUGCUUGGACCCUUAUAUUUACGCCCUCUCACACCCACGCUUCAAGAAUGAGCUGAAGAAGCGUUUGUUGCCAUUCCGGCGUACGUUCCAGCACACUCUGAGGAGCGACCUUAAUCCAGGCUGCUCCAUCAGCAACUUCAGCGACAUCAGGGAGGAACGGGAGCUGACGGAAGCUCAGGGAUGGGAGACUACGGACCCGUCUUUGCCUUCCCUCGGGCCUCUGCUGCAGAGGACCUCCAUCUCCUCCAGCAACCCAAGGCUCAGCCACAGCAGGGCUUCCAAUGGCUCCUGCUGCUCCACUGGCAGCAGGAGCCUCAUCUCUCCUACACUAGUGGAACUCUACCCCAGGAGAUCCAUCUCCUCCUACUGCUUCAGGGGAGCAUCGUAUCACUUCAGUCACAAGAAGGAGGUGUUGGGGAGAGGGAGAAAGGUGGUCCAUCCCACGCCAAAGAUGAAUACAACAGCUAUUGGUGAUCUUCCAACCGGUGGGAUGACCAGGCUGGUCUUUCCCAUCAGAUCCUCCUUGGGAAAUGGUGACGAGUCUCGAGUCUCGACGAGACGACUCCAGCAGUCUCCCGCGACGGUGUGGGGUUCAUCCCCGUCGCUGCAAGACGGUGCCUUUUGGGCGAAGGGCAACACGGACGCUGAGUUUGGGAAAGAGAUGCAACUCUAUCAUUUCAGCGAGGACGGUCAAACAGAUUAUAAAAGUAAUCCGGCGAUGACUUUACUCUCCAUCCCGACUGUGUCGAGCGCCUGUCGUCCUGACGGGAGGACCAUGGUUCGAAGCAACAGUCUGCCGAAUAUAGUCCGAAAGCUGGGUGAGAGCAGAGGACGAAAAUGAUCCAAAAAUAUUUUCCUGUAGCUGUUAUAGGGGAAAAUAGUUCUUAAAGGCAGCACAAAUAAAAGACAUUCUUUAUUUUUUAUUUGUUUGUGUAUUUUUCGCCCAACCACUUGGGCUGGAGGGUAGAGCGACGGUCUUACUUCAUGCGGGUCGGGGUUCAAUCCCCCGACUGUCCAAGUGGUUGGGCACCAUUCCUUCCCCUCCCCCCCCGUUCCAUCCCAAAUCCUUAUCCUGACCCCUUCCCAGUGCUACAUAGUCGUAAUGGCUUGUCGCUUUCUCCUGAUAGAUCCCUUCCUUUUUUUCCUUAAGACCAAAGACGUUUGGGAGAUGAGUGAUGAGUAUAAGUGGUUUUGAAGCUCAGUACGUGAAUGACGUUUAAACACCUUUGGUCACUUGAGAUCUCAAGGAAUCUUAGCAAAACCAUAUAACAUCAAAUGUCUAAUUAAGUUCACGCUCUCUUUUUACAGCUGGACAAUUAACCAAUAAAAAUAAUCACCUUAUGCAAAGUUCAAAAGAUUAUAUAAUAUUUAUAAUUAUUCAGCAAUUAAUCAAUUCACCAGUCUACAUAAAAUUAUGUUAAAUCCUAGAUUAUUGGAAAAUUCGCAUUUGAUCCACUGGAUCACGAAGCGAUGGCGUCAUUAUAGAUGACCUGUUUCGACAGUUCUCAUGUUAGCCAACUACAUUAUUACUUGCACGGGUGUGUGGUGGGAGGGUGAGAUGGCGGGCGGGUGUGUAGUGGGAGUGUGGGACGCCGAGCGAAGUGAUAAAGGGAUGAUCCGCUGUCUUCCGCAGGAACGCUCCCUAACAUACCAACAUGAAUAUCCGCUUCACGUUGCUCAUGAUGUAUCACAGAGAUACAAUUACUGAGAAAAUCCAAGGAAAUGCAGUCUAUUUCAGAGCAAAAACAGGGGCCCCCAUGUGUCCUCUUGGGGCCCCCAUGUGUCCUCUUGGGGCCCCACGAGCGACAUGAGACGGCUGGCCCCUCAGAGCACCGCACCAAUGCUGGUAUGGACUACGAGGAAGCCCCAGCGGGCUCCAACCGUGACGGAAGAAGCUAUACUCGACCACAAGUUUAGAAGAGCCGUAUACAAUUAUAAUCUAGAACAGGUAAAGGACAGUACAAGCAGCCGAGAAUGCUAAAUAACAAUUACAUCAACACGAUCAAAGAAAACGAAGACUGGUGCACUAUAAACAUUCCAGAGAACAGAUGGACAAGUACAAAUGGAUUAUCAACACCAGCUACACCUAGAGAGAAGGAGCUCCUUAUAGAGAGCAAACUCGUAAAGUAACAAUGUCAUGCAAAGUUACAAGGUGUCUCCUUGCAACUUUGAGUACUGGGUGGUAGGUCGCUGCGUCUGACAGGUGCCUGGCCAUCUCCCUCUCGUAGCUUCCUCGAUCCCAUAGCACAACCGCUCACCCCUUUGUCGAUUUGUUUUGGGGGGCGUUGUGGCUCAUGACACGUGAUUUCUGGGGUUGGUGCUUUGAUGAUAGUUUGAAGCAUUAUGAUGUAGUUGUCGUCGUGGUUUGAUCUACUAUGGCUCAAGUGCUGUGUGUUGGUUUUGGUAGUUUCAGGGGUUCUCGGUGCCGUAAGUAGGGGGGAGGGGGGGGGGGGUGUCGGGAAACGUAAUGUUGUGGCAAGGAGUGUUGGGUGGCAAUUAGUGUUGUGGUGUGUGCUGUGGCGGUGUGACGCUGGGCUGUGUUGCGUUUGACGCAGUGCUGUGUUGUAUGUGACAUAGUGUUGUGCUGGUUGUGUUACGCAUGGCGUUCGGAACGGCAGAAGACGGUGUUACAGAGAGAAGGGCUUCACCUACGGGAAAUAGUCAAGGAAUUUAUCAGUGGUAUUGACGGUAGCAGACGGAUACCUUGGGUGGUUGGACAGUUACAGCUCCCUGUGACGGCUAAGAGCGCCAGUCAGCGUUAAGGUAAGUGGUUAGAGGUUAAUAAAUGAGUUAGAGUGGAUAAUAAAUGCAUUGUUUAUUAACAACUACGUCACGAGUGUGGACGAUAUAGCAUUGAUUGCGUGUUUAUGUACGAAUCGUUAACAAUAUAAUUAUUGAAGGUGAAAGGAAAGACCUAAUUUAUGUUUAAGUGUAUUAAAAGUCAAGUUUUCGGAUUUAACAUGCAUCCUUUCUCAAGGUGCUGUAUACAAUGUUUUAACAACAUAUUGUAUUCAGCGCUUUGAGAAAGGAUAAAGGUUACAUCCGAAAAUUAGUUUUUUAAUACAUAUAUACAUAUAUUGAGUAUUUCCUUCACCUUCAUUCAAGCUAAUUUAAUUUAUUUUAUAUAUGUGACUCAGGCAUAUAAGUUAUUUUAUCUUGUGUGCACACCUGUUGAAUAAUUUAAUGGACUGAAACGAUCAGGGAGGAUUUUCAGUGAAUAAUGUAAAGGGUAUAUAUAUGGCAUGGAGUGUAUUAUUUAUGUAUAAAACUUAAUGCUGUACACAGAGAAGAUGGUUCCACAGCAGCUACCUUACCUUGAGGUUACCUUGAGGUGCUUCCGGGGCUUAGCGUCCCCGCGGCCCGGUCGUCGACCAGGCCUCCUGGUUGCCUGGUUGCUAGCUGGUCAUUGUUUCUUAUUUGAAGCUACGAGUUCAAUUAAAUACUGUGAUGGAAUGUCUGCUGGACCAAUUACAGACCAAUAACCCCACGACCAGUAACACUGGUUAUGUGAAGGAAGAAACACGUUGGCAGAAGAAGCUUUGUAAUAUAUAAUUCAGGGAGAACAUGAGUCCGUAUCAGGAUGAUCACUGUAAGAUUAGAGGAUGAUGCAGAGAUGGAGGCUGAGUGCAAGAUGAGCUUAUGAGGGAAGAGAUGAGACCAUAUUGGGAUGGUUGUGUAUGAUAAAUCCUCAGAGUUUUUCUCAUUUUAUGAGAGGCAGACGAAGGAGGAUCUGGUGUGACCAGCUCAUAGACGGAGGAGGAAUUUUGAGGCACGAUGAAGCUCAAUAGCGAAGGGACGGGAACUACGAGGGGGAAAAAAGCGACAAAAUUCCUUUGGAGAUUUAUGGCAGAAAGUACAUGGCACGUGUAGACGCAGCAGAAGAGAAGGGAAUUAUCAGGGGAACGCGCCAAACUAUUAUGACAAUAUAUCAUUGGCAAGGGGUGAGGAUAAGGAUUUGGGAUGGGACGGAGGGAAAGGAAUGGUGCCCAACCACUUGAACGGUUGGGGAUUGAACGCCAAACCUGCAUGAAGCGAGACCGUCGUUCUACCGUCCAGCCCAAGUGGUUGCCAGGUUAGGUGUAAGAGGCCUAAUCUGGUGAGAGAGAGAGAGAGAGAGAGAGAGAGAGAGAGAGAGAGAGAGAGAGAGAGAGAGAGAGAGAGAGAGAGAGAGAACAAACAUCUCACUCUAGUACAAAUACUCCAUCACAAUGUUUGGAGGAUGUUAUUUAAACGUCAAAAGCAGGGAAAUAUGGUUUUAUGUGUUCAGCUAGCAUUACGAAAACAUCAAAUUAAUGGCCAGUGAGGCCCGUCGAAGAUAUGGCUUUUGAAGGUGCGCUUAAUAGUAUUAUGUUGCAGAGGACUCCUUGGUGGCAGGCCACCAGGAUGGCACACCAGGCAGAGUAGCAUAUAGCGCCACGAUGGCAGGGUAAAAGGGCGCCGAAACACUGCAGAGAACCAGAGUUGCAGGGCACAACAAAGUAGCAGGACGGUAGGGAACACCAGAAUGGCAGGGCGGCAGGACUACCAGGAACACCAAAGUGGCAGAGGUCAAGCAGCAACACUCCUGCUCGAUACAUGUACUAUAUUUUGACUUCAUACGGCGCUCUUUCACCAGACUGGACAUCAAUAGUAGGCAUCCAAUAGUCUCAGGAGACUAUGGAGUCGUUCUUUGAGUUGCCAUGACACUGACUCCAUCCGCCUCGACUUUACAGUAAAACCCUGACACUGGCAGAUCGUCAUAUACCCAUACUAUUUCUCACUUAGAUAUCCCAGACAAGUCUCAAAGCAUAACAGAGGCUUCGUGAUAAGCUUAAGAAUCCCAGACACGUCCUUAAGCUUAAACAGAGACUAAUCUUAUAGCAUAAACAAAGGCUUUGUGGCUUGCUGCACAUGCCCCAUAUUAGACCAACACCAUUACAGAGAUCCACUUGAGUAGGCGGCUUUGUAUAUGUAUAUUUUAAUUGCCACAUUUAGCAUGAUAAAAAUAUAAUAUAUCGCCAUGGUGUAAGCAUUAGGUAUGAUUGACCUCCAAAGACCAGGACACAGUUUUGCUUCCUCACAGUAAUUGUACUGUGCAGCCAGACUCACUGAAAACAUCUGUAUACAUUAAUAAAUACUAUAUGUCAAUAUAGUGUUUUAAUCCCCCGUUUUAUUCAUUCUUUAUCAUGUCAAGAGAGAUUUUAAUACUAUUUUAAUCUUCAUUAUAUCAAUAGAAAAGUGUUUAAUAGCCUUUUCAUCUCUUAUUUAACCACUAACACACAGGGAGAUGAAAGAUGGAUGAAUAGUGAAUAACAGAACAGUAACAAUGAAUUAUGACAAAUAGUUUGGUAUUUAUGUAAAUACAUAGUCAAAUGAACAAAUAACUCUACUCUGUUGAUCCAGUACACUGUUGUUGAUCCAGUACACUGUUGUCGACCAAGAAAACAUGUUCUUGACAAAGAACACUGUUGUAAAGAACAUAAUAACAAAAGGAGGAGUAAAACAGAACCGUGGUUUCUCAAUAUAUACAUUUUAUCUACAAUUGUUAAUAUAUAUUAUGCAUGCUGAAACACCCCAACGUCCUUACAGGGAGACGAACCCAGGUCUAGCUUGACACCAGACGGGUAAUGAUCCCUCUCAGCCACCCACCGGGCGGGUACUGACUCAUCUCACCCACCCAUCGGGCGGGUACUGACUCAUCUCACCCACCCACCGGGCGGGUACUGACUCGUCUCACCCACCCAUCGGGCGGGUACUGACUCAUCUCACCCACCUACCGGGCGGGUACUGACUCGUCUCACCCACCCAUCGGGCGGGUACUGACUCAUCUCACCCACCCACCGGGCGGGUACUGACUCAUCUCACCCACCCACCGGGCGGGUACUGACUCGUCUCACCCACCCACCGGGCGGGUACUGACUCGUCUCACCCACCCACCGGGCGGGUACUGACUCAUCUCACCCACCCACCGGGCGGGUACUGACUCAUCUCACCCACCCACCGGGCGGGUAUCAUAGCCAACAAGGACGAUGAGUUGUUUAAACUUUUAUUGCAUAUCAGGAAUCAUUCGACUUUAUUAAAUAAUAUAUUUUCCAAGUUGCAACAUCAAUACUUAAACAACAUCUCGAUACAACAGCUAUGAACAGUGUACAUUUAUAUGUAUAUGUAUAUAUAUAUAUAUAUUCUUAGUUAUAGAAUAUCUCGUCUCCUAUUAUACAACAUUCUACAAAAGUUAUAACAUAAUUAUAUAUUUCUAUAACGCAUAUCACUGAAGAGACAGACUACAAGACAUUGACCACUUUUAACAUAUUUGUUUCUAAAGUGACACAAAUGACAUCUUUACUACAAUAUCUUCACGGUACAUCAAAUAAAUUUGUUCUCUCUUCAGAGGUUUACCAACAUUUUUAAUCUUUAACUACCUCAAGCUUUAACUACCUCACUCCUUAACUACCUCACUCCUUAACUACCUCACUCCUUAACUACCUUACUCCUUAACUCGUUAACUACUUCACUCUUAAAUUAUUUAUACUUCAUUUCUAGUCUACAUGAACAACCAAUAGACAACAAUGUUUAUAUAUUACUUUUUUGACAUAACUCGAGUUUAUAGAUAUACCACACAAAACUAAUUAAUAAUUUUGAAAUAUUUUUUGUUUUAUAAUCUAUAUAUCUGACUUACAUCUUUGGUAAUGUCCUUAAAAGUUAAACGAACCCAUACUGCCAGAAACACUCUGCAACUGAUGUACAGGAUCCCUUAACCACUCGACCAUCACGACCGGACA